AUGACAGUGCGACUGAAUGAGAAGGAGGCUGACCUUGUCCUUGCCUGGCUGCGAGAGCAGCCGGCCAUCCACGAUGCCUCGGAGCUAUGGCUCUACGGCCAGCGCUCGGAGGGCAAAGCCACCCGCUAUGAGUACGAGCCGGAAAUAAAGGUAACAUCCCGGCUACGGUGCCAAAGACCAGAUGGAUCCAGUCAGUGGGUGUGGAUCACACGCGAGAGCCGCGAGGGCUCUGGCGGAAAUCGUGCCACCGUCUCCAUCAUUGGUCGAGACAAGGUGGUCUUGGAGAACAUGCUGGAAGAAGGCCGUGAGAUUCAGCGGCGCAAGCGGGAGAAAUUUCUGACGGUUGUGCAAGUCUACGACUUCGGAAAGGAGCAUGGCCUCAACUGGCUGCACCCGCAGGACAAGGACCGAAAGCAGCCCGGUCGGUCGAUCUCCUCCGUUGUGUUGCCUCGCUGCGUUGCUGGAAGCACGGGCAUCGACCAAGCAGAGGCCCUUCUUGAAGAUGCCCGGGAGUUUCUCAACUCGGAAACCUGGUAUACAGAACGUGGCAUACCUUAUCGAAGAGGCUAUCUGCUCUACGGAGUUCCAGGCGGAGGCAAAAGCUCCCUGAUCAUGGCUGUCGCCUCCGAACUGCGCCUGCCUAUCUAUAUGAUGAGCUUCUCUUCCGAGCGGAUGAACGACGAAGUGCUGAGCUCGCUACUGCAGUACGGCAUGCACGAUCCACCGACCAUCCUCCUACUGGAGGACGUAGACCUGUUGCACUCAGCUGUGCUCAAUCGCCAUCGACAGUUGCAAGACACUGCUGGCGAUUCCAGCCCAGCCGACAGGGACAAAGACAGUUCAGACAAGAGCUACGAAAAAAGCCGUCGAGGACGCCUCACCCUCUCCGGGCUCCUGAAUGCGCUGGAUGGUCCCACGGCCACCACCGGAAGACUUCUCUUCAUGACGACGAAUGAUCGAGAUGCUCUUGAUCCUGCCCUCUUGCGGAGCGGCCGCAUUGAUUACGAGUUGGAGUUCAAGGCGGCAGUGCCAGACCAGAUCCAACGUCUCUUCACUCGGUUCUAUGCCGACUUCGGAGGUUCCACCUCUGCCUUGUCAUCGGAGGGUGGCAAGGCAAUGCCCGAUGAAGGCGAUGCCACGCUCACGAAGCUUUCCACUGAGGAGCUAGCCGAGCUCUUCGUGAAGAAGCUUGAUGCCUCCGGCAAGAAGCUAACUACUGCGGACAUUCAGCGGCAUCUCAUGAAGCGCAAGAAGAGCCCCAGAAGGGCUGUUGAGGAGGCCGUGACGGCCAUGGUGCAAAAAUUCGGAUGA